GACGAGUUCAUAAAACAAUGAGUGUUGAAAAGUUGGACGCAAUAAUAUUCGGUGCCACCGGUUUUACCGGUCAAGUGGUGGUCGAAGAUGCCGUCGAUAUAUUUAGGGAUUUCAAAUGGGGUAUUGCAGGAAGAAAUGAAUCUAAACUAAAAGAUCUUUUGGUGAAAGUCGGCAAACGCACCCAACAAGAUUUGAGUCAUAUUCCCAUUAUUGUGGCCGAUGUCAGCGAUCAAAAAUCAAUUGAAAAUAUGGCGAAAAAGUGCAAGAUUGUUUUGAACUGUUGUGGACCUUACCGUUUCUAUGGUGAGGUUGUAGUUAAGGCGUGCAUCGAUGCUGGAACCCAUCACGUGGACGUCAGUGGUGAACCACAAUAUUUUAAUGGAAUGCAACUUAAAUAUAAUGACUUGGCACAACAAAAUGGAUCGUAUAUCGUCUCGACAUGCGGCUUUGAGAGCAUACCAGCUGAGUUGGGUGUUCAAUAUGCUGAAAAGAAUUUUCCAGGAACCGUAAAUUCUGUCGAACUAUAUUGGGAAUCCAAGCCAAAUUACCAAGAUAAAUCAUCUAAAGCUAUUUUGCACACCGGAACUUGGGAAAGUGCCAUCUAUGCUAUGCAACAUGCUAAAGAAAUGUUGACAUUGGAGAAAAAAGUUAACACUGAGAAGAUUCCAAGUUUGAGUCCUAAAUUAUGGAUGAGACCUUAUGCCCAUCAAACCGAAGGCCUCAAGAGUUAUUUUGCACCAUUUCCAGUUACUGACCGUGGUGUUGUCCAAAGGUCUCAGCGAUUAGCCUAUGCCUAUGAUAAGAAACGACCAAUUCAAUUUGAAAUAUAUAUUGGCAUGAAGUAA